AAGCAUUAUCCUUGCAAGUUGCUUUAGCCUUUGUUUCCAUUGUCUGUUUUAUUGCCAUGCAUAUACAUUAUUCUGUAGCUUUAUAUAAGGUCUUUUCGACUUCUCCUUGUUCAUCUUGUCUUUUUCCUUCAUACUCUUUCACUUAAUCACAAUGCGCUUUGCUGUCAUCGUUCUUGCUCUCUCCUUCGUGGUCGAGUCUGCGUUUACGGCAUUGCUCACACGUCAAAGUCUGCCCAAUUGCGCUGUCCCGUGUCUGACGGAUGCUGACUUUGGCAACUGUUCUUCCACGGACGAUAGUUGUCUUUGUCACAGCCAGGCUUUCGUCAACAGCACCACGUCCUGUAUUCAGGCAUCGUGUACGGGGUCUGACCUCACAAAUGCCGAAGCUGCUUCCCAAUCGCUUUGUGCUGCAGUGGGCGUCACCUUGACUGUUAGUAGUGCUACUGCAACGGCUACCACAGCAUCCAACGGUACCGCUACCACGGCCAAGCCUUCGUCCACCAACGCUGCAUCAUCGCAUAGCAUUAACAUACUCACUGGUGCAGCAGCCUUUGCCAUCCUGGCUGCAUCAUUAUAAAGUCAUCUCACUAUCAUUAUUCUUUCGCAUUCUUUGCGCCUUAGGACUUGAUAGUCCUUGUCACGGCGUUUUGGAGGUUGAGGUUGAGCAUUAACUCACUUGCCUGAUUGAUUUCUUGCAUACGAUUCGAUUAGAGGAGGGAUUUAUGGGUUUAUAUAGCCAUCUUAUUGUAGUUGAACCUCGUCAUUCAUAGAUCCACUUGGACGCCAUGUUAGGCAAUUUAUUUGAAUUUGUGUGCA